AAUAAUUUAAAUAAAGUGAGAAAACCGAUGGGAAAUAGUUCAUUUCAAUGUGAUUUUUGUAAUAAAUUUUUCACAACGAAAAGACAUUUAGUUGUACACCAACGGAUCCAUUUAGGAAUUCGACCGUUUUCAUGUGAUUAUUGUGAGAAAACAUUUACGCAAAAAGCUGGUUUAGAUAAUCAUAUACCAACGCAUACAGGUGAAAAACCAUUUUCAUGUGAUCUUUGUGCGAAGAAAUUUGCUCGACAAACGGCAUUAUCGAUACAUAAACGAGUUCAUACCGGUGAACGGCCGUAUGUUUGUGAUUUUUGUGAGAAAGCUUUUCGGCAAAAAGGUGCUUUGGAUACGCAUAAAAAAAUUCAUAGCGGUGAAAAACCAUAUGUGUGUGAGAUUUGUAAUAAAACAUUUAUACGGAAAACGAGUUUAUUGAAACAUACAAAGGCUAGCUGUGAAAAGUAUCGAUUGAAGCAAACAAAAUUGGAAAAUAUGAAAAUUGAAGAUUCAAGUGGUGAUGCUGAAGAUAAUUUUAAUGUGGAUGAUUACGUUGAAGAAGCUUUUAGUGAAGAGGAACCUACAAUCAGUGUCAAAGAUCCAAUUGCUGAGGAAAAUACAACCGGAAACUGCAAUUAUUCUAUGUUAGAAGAAACGAAGACAGAACUUGUUGAACAAAAACCAAUCUAUAACGAAGAGAAACCUGCAGAAAUAUUCGAUAAAACGAAACAAGAAAAUGUUUUAAUUGAUCAAAAAGAAGAAAAACCAACGGAAGUAUUCACGAAACCUAUUUCCGUUAAACCGAAACGAGUCAAAGAUAGACCAUUCCCUUGUGAUAUAUGCGAUAAAAAAUUUAUUCUUUUAAGCAGUUUACUAAUUCAUAAAAAAAUGCAUACCGAACCAAAACGUUUCUCGUGUGAUUAUUGUGAUAAAACUUUUACCCAACAAGUUAGCUUCAAUAAUCAUCAACGGAUUCAUACCGGCGAAAAACCGUUCUUAUGUGACAUUUGUGGUGCAAGUUUUGGCUACCAAAUUCAUUUAAUCAAUCACAAACAAAAACAUUUAGAUGAUAAAAUCCCACUUCAAACAUUUACCAAUCAAUAUAUUCAAUAUUUUCCAUGUGACGUGUGCGGGAAAGUUUUCACUCAACAAAGUAAAUUAACGAAACAUUCUCGAAUUCAUUCAAAAAAUUUCCCUAGUAAAAUAUUAACCAAUCAAAGAGUUCAACAAGUUUCGAGUAAAACCUUUCCUUGUGAUAUUUGUGGUAAAGUAUUUACGACUCAAAGUAAUAUGGUUAGCCAUAAAAAAGUACAUAAUCCAGAAAUACUCGCUUGCGAUCAAUGUGAUAAAACGUUCACUCGGGAAAGUAAUUUACGUGUACAUAAAAGAUUACAUACCGGGGAAAAACCGUUCGCUUGUGAUUUAUGUGAUAAAACAUUUAGCCAUCGAAGUACAUUCGUUUAUCACAAACAAAAACAUUUAGGUGAAAAACCAUUUUCCUGUGAUAUUUGUAACAAAACAUUCAUGCAUGCGGUUCAUUUGGAUCGACACAAUCGCAGUUUACACACCAAAGAGAAGCCAUUCGAAUGUGAUAUUUGUAAGAAAACAUUUAUCGAUAAAGGUGCGUUAGUUUCGCAUAAACGAAGUCACAGCGAUGAACGUACGUUUGUUUGUGAUUUUUGUGAGAAACGAUUUAAAUCGAGCAGUAAUUUACAAAAUCAUCGACGUAUCCAUAUUGGGAAAUUUUAUUCGUGUGAUUUAUGUGAUAAAUCGUUUACACAGAAUGUUGCAUUAAAGAAUCAUAAACGAACUCAUACGAAAGAAAAACCAUUUUCGUGUGAUGUUUGUGAUGAAAAGUUUGCUCGACGUGAUGUUUUAAAGAAACAUAAAUUAAAUCAUACUGAAUAAAAAAGAAAAAAAGAUGAAGUGAACCUAAGACAGGGAUGUGGUAAAAGCCUAGGUUAGGUUAGGGUUAUAUUGGCUGUCCACGAAGGACACACUUAGGCACUACACCACGUAACGCGGACGGAAUUGGCUACGCCUUAAUCAACUGAGCUAAUAGGGCGUUAUAGUCUAAUCAAAUUAAGAUUUUACGAAGAAUUAAUUCCCAGCAAACUGGAAAUUCUGAACGCCUGGGCCUGGCAGUGUAUCACGACUACUGCAGGAGCUGAUGAGGAGGGGGAGAUUAUGUCUCAUCUUCUCUGUCACUGCCCAGCUGUUGCCAUAAAGAGAUGGACUUAUUUGAGCCAGCCUCUGUUUGACGACCUCUCCGACCUAAAGUCCGACGACGUCAAGAUAGCAGGAGGGCUUGAGCCAGCCUCUUUUUUACGACCUUUCCGACCUAAAGUCCGACGAAGUCGAAGGUAACAAGAAUGCUUGAGGCAGCCUUUCUUUGACGACCUUAAGUCCGUCGACGUCAAAGCACUUCUGUUGUUCUUAAACAGCUCCAAAUGUUUCAUGAAUUAGUGGCCGGAGAUGAGCC